ACUGGAAAGUUGUUCAUUUUCUUGAAUGGACACUUUCUUUUAUCUGUCCCUGCCAAGAGAUGAAUGAAGUGAAAUUCCUAAAAUUAGUUUACUUGUUUGUUUCCAAGCGUACUUUUGAAUGAGAGGUUGUUUGGAAAUGGCUUCCGAAUAAGCUGGGAUCUUUAGGAGAUUCCGCAGGUGUUUUGGUUGAAAUGAGAAAGAAAACGCAUACAAUAUGUAUGGACCAAAGCGUUAUCCAUUCAACAGACGUAGCCAGCUGAGUACAGCUCUCUUGAUAUGGUGGAUUUCUUGUUAUUUGUCUUGCAUCUUUCAUGAUUUGUAGACUUUCAUGGUUACACGCUUCAUCGCGGUUCACAGGAAGAACGGCCUUAAUCAGCCUUCUUCUUUAGAUUUUUUUGGGAAGGGAGCGUCCUUUGCAGUUCCCUGAGAAAUUAGCUACCAGGCUGGAUACGAAGUUAGAAUGUGGAACGUUUCUUCCAAAUUUACAUGAAUGGCAAAUAUAUCUGAAAAUAUCACGGCUGGCAUCAAUGGCCCGGCAAAGUUUAUACCAUCAAACGAGAGGAUUCUUAUGGGAAUUGUUCUCGCCAUUUGUGGAAAUUUUCUGAUCAGCAUUGCAAUGAAUAUUCAGAAAUACUCCCACAACCAGCAAGACCCAGAGCUCCCUGAAAAUGCGUACUUAAAAAGCAAAACUUGGUGGCUAGGCAUAAUACUGAUGAUAUUUGGUGAAAUUGGUAACUUCUCUGCGUAUGGAUUCGCCCCAGCUUCUCUUGUCGCACCCUUAGGAACAACAACUGUUAUUGCCAAUGCAGCAAUUGCAGUUAUGUAUCUCAAAGAAACGAUUCGGUAUCAAGAUGUUUUAGGCAUAUCGCUAGCUAUAGUUGGUGGAUUCCUUCUCAUAAACUUUUCCACAAAGGAAGAUACAGUCUUAAUGGCGAAGGAUAUCGUUGUUUACUUGAAGCAGUGGACAUUUCUCUUAUACUUAUUCUUAGAAUUAUUGGCAUUUGGUGCAUUAGUUUACGUUCAAAGGACGAGAGAGGAGGAAGAAAUCUUAACUCACUUACUACAAGUUGCUAUUCUAGGAUCUUUCACUGUUAUAUCAGCGAAGGCCGUCUCUUCAAUGAUGAGCAUCACAUUCCAGGGCAGCAUGCAACUGUCGCAUCCGAUUUUCUAUGUUAUGGUCAUCGUGAUGGUCGUGACUGCCAUCGGACAAGUCAGAUGCCUGAACCGUGCCAUGAAAGCUUUCGAUGCCACUGUUGUUGUUCCGACCAACUUCGUGCUUUUCACAAUCAGCGCUAUUAUCAGCGGUAUUGUCUUCUACCGAGAAUUCUACGGUCUUCAGUUUAUUGAGAUAUUUAUGUUUCUGUUCGGCUGCAUGCUUUCCUUCCUUGGAGUGUACCUAAUCACUGGUGACCGGAAAGAAGAAAAAUCUGAAAGCCCUUUAGUCGAAAGAAAUGAGUUAUUCGCAGCCUAUCUACCCGUUCUCUCAUUUUACGCUGCAAGCUUCGUGCAGCCAAAUGAUGGAAAUUUGUCAGUGACUGCAGGUUUUGACCAAGCCACGACAGAACAGAGUGCGAGUUGGUAUCUUGAUUAGCGAGCAUCUCGGCUGCCCCCUGGUCAGCGGCUUCUUACUCAUUUCGCAUUGCAUUAAUGCGUAGUCUUCCAAAGGACCCGGACCAUAUUCAAGGCCUUUUUAGCCUCUAUUGGUCACAGGACCAAAAUGGGAGGGCUUUUCAUUGUUUUUUAAUUGGUUCUUACGGUUUUGAUAUGUUUUGAACCCUUUUGAAUGCGUUUUAAACACUUAAAUUUUUUUCAAACCUCUUGAAUGUAUUUUAAACAUUUUAAUUUUAGUUUAACCCUUUUGAAUUUGUUUUAACCAUUUUAAUUGUUUUCAAACCCUUGAAUAUGUUUUACACACUUUGAUUUGUUUAAAGGCACUAUAUCGCGACGCAUUUCGCCGCCCAUUUAAUCUCCCAUUGGUUGGACUAUACAAUAGACCUAUUGUUACGUAUCCAAUCGGCUAAUUCUCAAUGUUUUCUCAUCAUAAACGCGCUGCAAAGCCAAUUUGACCUCUGAACGGUUGACUGACUGGACAUAGUGCCUUUGACGCUUCUGAAUGUGUUUUAAACACUUUGAUUAAUUUUAAACCCAUUUGAAUAUGUUUUAAACACUUUAAUUGGCUUCAAAUCUCUUGAAUGUGUUUUAAACAUUUUGAUUUUGGUUUAACCCUUUUGAAUGUGUUUUAAACAUUUUGAUUUUGGUUUAACCUUUUUGAAUUUGUUUUAAACACUUUAAUUUGUUUCCCAUCUUUCGCAUCUGCUUUUAACAUUUUGAAUGUAUUUUUAAUAGUUUAAGUGUAUAAACAUGGUGCAAUUACCCGGUUCGGUGGAAAGUUCUUUUAGAGUCGAAUCGAAAACGAAUCAUAGAUAUUGGAACACACUUAGGAUAGCAAUGAAUGGAGAAAUAAAUACUUAAAAGAUUUUUAGAUGAUAAUUGAACAUAGGAUAUGUUCUAAUUAAUUAGCGUAAAAGUUAUUGACUUCCUUUAUGGGUUGGUCAGCUAUAUGAUCCGACUUCGCAAAAGUCCUUUCGCAUCCGGUGCACGACUAUUGACUUGAAUAAGGCUGGUAAAUCAAACAGGCAAUGAAAAUCAGUCCGACUCAGUGAAAGUGUGAGAAAAAACGGGCUAUGACUAUUGACUUGCAUAAGAUAGGGAAAUCAAACUUGUUAUCAAGAUCAGUCCGACUUAGCAAAAGUCAUACGCAUCCGGGGUACGACUGUUGACUUGAAUAAAGCUUGUAAAUCAAACAGGCAAUGAAAAUCAGUCCGACUCAGUAAAAGUGUGAGAAAAAACGGGCUAUGACUAUUGACUUGCAUAAGAUAGGGAAAUCAAACUUGUUAUCAAGAUCAGUCCGACUUAGCAAAAGUCAUACGCAUCCGGGGUACGACUGUUGACUUGAAUAAAGCUUGUAAAUCAAACAGGCAAUGAAAAUCAGUCCGACUCAGUGAAAGUGUGAGAAAAAACGGGCUAUGACUAUUGACUUGCAUAAGAUAGGGAAAUCAAACUUGUUAUCAAGAUCAGUCCGACUUAGUGAAAGUCUGAGAAAGUCCGGGGUAGGACGACUUUACUGUAUUCAACUUUACUUACUUUUGAACAAUGUUUUUUACAAGUCAAUUUGUAUUUCAAAAUUUUACAAAGAACUUUCCAAAAUUUAGAUUUAGCAAAUCUUGAGGUUGUAUCAGGUUGGAGGCAAUAUUUAUCUCAAUAUUCAUUCAAUACUUUAUAUAUCAAUUAAUUGAUGUUUAAUAAUGGUAUUUUAUAAUAUUUUCAAUAAUGUUUUUAUGCGUGUAUAUAGAUUUUAGAUCAACGAAUAUUUUGAUCUUAUUGGAUGAGAAAUUUUAUAAAUGAAAAUAUUGAUAGUUACCUUUUAAAAGAAAGAGUAAAGACAAAAGUGAAUUUUUUUUUUCUUUUCUAAAAUGAGAGAAGUGACGUGGAAGCGAGUCAUGCAACCUUAUCAUUUUUUUAACGACAAUAAAGCUAAUUUUUCCAAUAUAUUCCGGCCCUAAAUUUAUCAUUAAUUCUAUGUUUAUUUUAAUCAAUUAUCUGAUGUC